UCCUUCUGAUUUAUUAUGUUCUCUUGUCAUUUCUCCCAUCUAGGUUGGCGACCAUGGGCGUCGUGGUCAUCGUGUACCAAGGAAUGUGGAGCUGGACACCAGACUCGACGUCGAGUGUGCGUUCGUGAUGUUCCCAAUGCAUGCGAGGGAGAUGCCAAACAGAAACGACAAUGCAACAACUUCGACUGUUCAGAUGUGAAAGACAUGAAGAAGAUCCUUCAUCUUGAUGACUUUCCUCCCGGGGUUCGACGGGCUCCAAGCCGGUGGACAGCUUACAGAAUCACGCAUCAAGCCAGAACGCUUCGUGUUCCGACCAGCGAGAUCUACGGCAAGAGUUUCCCGCACCAGUUCGCCGUCCUCCUCACCGUCAAACCCAAGGUUACGCUACGCAAAAACCGCGGAGAUCCGUACGCCUUGCUUUUCACCGACGCUGGUGGCAACAUUCAAUUUGGCAUCAAACUCGCAAAGACCCCUUCCGUCGUGUAUAGUCAACUGGACGGGACGCUCAAGGAACUCAAUUUCACCGAUUAUGUUUUGGAUAGAAGUUGGCAUUACAUGGCUUUUAGUGUUAACAAGCAUACAGUAACGUUGAUUGCAGACUGUAAGCAAGUGUUCACACUCAAUAUUGAGAGGAGCGAUCGAGCAACGAUUGAUGCUACGGGUACGGCAUCAAUCGGUGGUGGAUAUCGAGCAGUCAAUAGUGCUUAUUUUGAGGGUGAUAUCGAUCAACUGGUUUUGACGAAUGACUCGUCAACCGCAGAGUUUCAGUGCCUGCCGCAAGAAAGACGUUUUCCCGACCUGCUAGACAUUGCAUCGACCGCGCCGCCCUCGAGCUCAGUGAACGGCAUGGAUACAUCCUUCGACAUCGAUCUCGUGUACGACAACCUCUUCGACCCAUUCCUCUUCAUGGACACGGAAACGACUACGUCAAUGCCCAUGGACACCGUGUUUCCUUCGUUUUCGGAACCCGACAUCACUGGGGAUGGACUGCACGAAGCGAGUGGGUCUUCGACUAUGACUCCGACUAUGCCUUCGACCACUCGAAGGAUAACUAAAAAGAUUAUGACUCAAAGACCAAGAACAUCAACUCCUGCGUUGACGAAAUUGACGGUGAAGUUGGACAAUGGAGCAUUUGGAGCCAACCAGUCAAACAGUGAUGUAAUCAAAGACAUCAUGGAUCCUGAGGAAUCGGUAGAGUUUGGAGUGGAGAGCGAAUCGCCCAUUGACAACAAUCAUGCGACAGCCGAACCUGUAUAUGAUGACAGCAGUCGGAGUUCAGCUGAACGUUCGGAUGACUCAAGGUACUGGACGGUAACACCCACGACGCCGACAUCGCGGCGAGGACCAAGCGCGUACUCGCAGGUCAAGGUCUUACCUACGACGAUCACGGAAUCAACAACACACAAGAUGACGACAACGACAAACAAACCAACCACUGUUCCUUCAACUACCAAAGCUACAACAACGAUGACAACCACUCCCGCGACGACAACAACACCAGCUUCCACCACAACCACCUCAGUGCCGACAACAAGAACUAUACCAACAACCACCCCAUUGUCGACGACAUCGACUGUCUUUAUGAAGUCGACGUCGGAGAUGAAUGAUAUCCUUGGUGAUGCGGACGUUGAUAAUAACAGUGAAAGACCACUGAAUGACGGUCUGAUCCCUGCUCCCCCUGGUGAUGCCCUUUCACCUGUUGCCCCUGCUAUUGCUCAACGUCCAUCUAUCUACCAUGGUAGACCAAUUGAUGAAAAUGCGAACUGGUCCACAUGGAGCACAUGUAGUCGGACCUGUGGUUCGGGGACCCGGUACCGGUACACAGUAUGCAGCCCAGAUUCGAAGCUGCCCGACUGCAGAACCGGACGCGGUAUUGCAGCGCAACAUAAAUCAUGUCAACUCAACAAUGAUUGCAAAGGUGUACUUAGGUGGAGCGAUUGGGGUGCCUGCACCCAGACUUGUGGUUCAGGAUUCGAGACUCGAGUGGCCAUCUGCAGAGACAUCGAUUCGCAUGAGAACUGUACCAAGGUCGGCCAGUUGAUGAUCGAGCGAAGGGGGUGUGAGGGACUCUCUGAAUGUCCAAAUUACUGUAUUGGUGGAUGUCUGAAUGGAGGAACGUGUAUGCCAGGAGGUGUGUGUCAAUGUCCUGCUGGAUAUGAGGGGCGAGUGUGUGAGACAGAGCUUUGUCAGCAUUCAUGUAAGAACGGUGGGAGAUGUGUUGGGAAGAACAAAUGUCUCUGCCCAUAUGGUCACUUACCCCCGUUUUGUGAGCCUCUUUGCAACCCUCCAUGUCAGAACAAUGGACGAUGCAUCCACCCUGGAAGAUGUGUCUGUCCUAAGGGAUAUACUGGUCCUUCAUGCAGUAAACCGAUUUGUCGGUCUGGUUGUUUGAAUGGCGGAACGUGUGUGGCACCAGACCGAUGUCACUGUCCCACCGGAUAUUCAGGACCAGACUGUAGUAAACCUCAAUGUAGUCCUCCGUGUGAGAAUGGCGGUGCUUGUAUACGAGCAGGAUUCUGUCGAUGUCCAGCAGGCUACAGGGGUAUGGGAUGUCAAAUAGCUUACUGCAGACACUCGUGUUUAAAUGGCGGGAGAUGUUCUGGUCCAGAUACCUGUACCUGCCCGAGAGGAUACACUGGUGCUUUGUGUCGACAAAGUAAAUGCCCAGGAGGUUGUCCAGGCUAUUCACAAUGUAUUGGCCAAAACUCAUGUUCAUCAUUUGGACGUCACGUGGUGUCAUCGUCGACGACGACGAGGAGGAGACAAUGGUGUCCCCUGCAGUCGUUUAUAGAGACGUACACUUUCACAUACAUCAAGCCAGCUAUACAGAAGUACAGAGUGCGGUGUGGACAAUAUGGUUUAAAAACAUGCGAAUCAACAAGGAUCAUUUAUCAAGUUGGUUACCGCCAAAGUCGAAGGACCGCUUAUAAAUGCGCCCCUUACGGUUGAUCAAGAUGGGAAGUUUUUUGUUCAAAAGUCCGUCUUCUGCGCUCAUGCCGAUCACAGUUCUUACUCAACGUGGAAACAAUGAUGUGCCUCUUCAUAAUGGAAUUGAUCAUUUCUAUUUUACAAACUGACUUUAUCUGAAAAUGGUGCUCGUUUUUAUAUUUAUAUUGCAUUUUUGUGAAUAUGUGAAUAUUAGACCGUUGUGUGUACUGUGGAGAAAAGGGGGUAUUCUAUGCAAAACAUAACUCGUUCGUGAUAAAAGACUUGGGAAUUAGUAACCAAAAAUGCUAUCAUUAAAUUACUAUCAUGUUUGUUCAGACACCUGUAUUGAUAAAACUGAAAUAAUACACAUCUUCCAUAUCAUGUUGCCAUUAUGCUGCAUUCGACGAUCGAUAUUAGCAAAUGAUGGCACUAAACAUUGCUUCUUUCGUAAGUUUAUAUAUCCUUAACCUAGUGAAAAUCACAUUUCUAGAGGCGUUUCGGGUGAGAAAUGAUUCGUCAAGUACCAGGUAUAAUGCCGAAGUCCUGGGCAGUCUUCCAUAUUUUAAGUUCUCUGCGAAUGGUCGCAAAUCCAUGCAAUCUUGAACAAUCUCCAGCCUUAGAUUCUUAAGAAUAGAACUUAUUUAAGUUAUUUUGGUUGAUGCAUUUCGACUAGGAACUAUGCAAAUUAUAACAUCACCAUCUCUACUUAUGGGAUCUUGAUUAUGUACCAUCCGUGUUCGUGUGUAUUUAAAAAUCAUUUUUAUUAACUUUGUGCUGCUGCAUUUAAAGAGGCCUUACAUGAUUUUCAAAAUGCAAUGCUAAGAAUGAAUGUGUAUCAGUUUGUAAAUCGAUAUUCAUACAUUAUUAAUGACAUUUGUGAUCGUGAUCGGCAUAUGUUUAAAUCUCGUUUAUUUUCUCGUUUGCUCUGAAAUAGCCAGUGUGGAAUAAGAGUUACAGCGCUUCAAAAUUGAUCCAAGGUCGCUCAUUCAUUAAUAUCAAAAUCAGUUAUCUUCCCAAUCCUCACAACGUUUGAUUUUGUACUCUCUGAACAUUUUUUUUUCAUUUACAGAUACUUACACAUAUGUAAACAAUCAGUUUUCUUUCAGUGACAAUGUUGUGACUUAUUAUCUGAUAACCUAAGCAAGUUACGUUUUGCAUUGCUCUGAACCACAAGACAAGCUUUGUUGUGACCGAAAAAAUAAAAUAGAGAGAAUAAUCGGAACAUCAAGGUAGAUCAUCGGCCCACCAGACCGGGUGCCCAUGAGACCGAUACCGACCACCUUGAGAUGUCGGCUCUUGUGUAUUGGUCUAGGGAACCCUCAGAUAACUUUUCAGGCCAUAUAUGUGAGAUGGUCCUGUGGGCUGUCAGUCUCGUGAGCUGUCAGUCUCGUGAGCUGCAGUCGAGACGAAUUAUGCAAUGCUUUUGGAGACAUUAAUGAUAAAAUCAGGCUGACAUCACACUAAUUCAGUCAAUGAUUCACAUUUAGGCUGAAGCUGAACAUAUUUGUUAUAUUCAUGUUUAUGAUGAAGAGCAGGUGGCCCUUUAUUAUGCAGUUGUAAUGUAAAUAUUUAUACUUAACUUUAUUUGAUUAAAAUCUAAUUUUGUUUUUCAAACUUAUUAAUUUUUCAUAAUCAUACAUGUAUGUAUUUUAGCUGAUUCGCCGUAGUUAUUACCUAUUUUCAUCGAAUAUUACAUCAUAAUACUAGUUAGAAGUCAGAAAUUAGAAAGAAAAUGCUUUGAUUAGCUGAAAUAAGAAUAGUGUAGAUUAAGCAGCGGAUUAUCAAAGUUUAACAAAUGUUAAAGUUGUUGAUUUUUGUCAACCGUUUAAAUUUGUAUGAACAUUGUGCAAAAAUGUUGAUAUAUUUAUACCUGUUUACUUCAAAAAUACAAUUAUUAGUUGAAUAUAGUACACAAUAUGAUAUCAAUUAUAUUAAAAUUAAUACCACCUGCAUCCCUGGGAGUAAAGCAUAUUAAAUGAUACAUUGUAUAUUUUUAGAUUAUAAACACGUCUUACUCCUAGCAUUAUUUACUUAUGUGCCAUUAUUGUUUAUGCAUCUUAGAAAUGAAUAUUUAUUAUGAAGUUUUAUUCACACCUUCUUCUACUUUGUUAUUUUACUCUUCUCAAUAUACAAACUAUCCCGUUAUCAUAGGGGAAACAUUAUAAGAUUAAUAUUUUCUUUCUGUGUUAUAACAUCAGUAUUACUAUGAUUGCUGCUACAUACUACUACUACUACUACUACUACUACCACUUCCACUAAUUUAUCAACUCUUAAAUAGACGUUCAGUAUUGGUACAAGGACGAUUUACUAAAAUCUAUGCUGUAAGUCAAAUUAUUCAACUCUGUUUUUCCUAAAUGUGGUGUUUGAAAAUGAAACUCGUCCUCAUCAGGCGAUAUAGAUUUGUCAUGACAACUUUUCACGUGUCAUUUUGAAUGUUGUAAAUUUAUUCUGUGUAAUGAUAGUUCUUUUUGUACACUUUCUUUUCAUGAUGAAAUGAAAUAAAACAUAUUUUGUGUGAAUAUA